UUAUCACACCCUCUAGUUUUGUUGUAGUUUUCAAAAAACGAACGUGCAAAAUUUAUUUUCAGAACAACAGAUUGUACUUUUAUUAUUAUUUGAGCAUAAUUUCAAAAAUAAAAACACAUUGAUAAUUUGUUCAAAUCUCAAGCAAUCACCCAAAUACACAAAUUUUUAACUGUUGAAACUAAUUUUCUGGUUUAGUUGAGAAAAAAAUAACUUGUUUGUAUCAUUAAUGCUCAAAAUCUAAUUCUUUUGGCUUAUGCUCACAAAAACAAAUACUUUAGUUAUAAGCUCCAUGAACUUUGAAGUCCUAAAUUCUUGAUUGUGAAAACUGUACUGGAAUUUUUGCUUUUAAGAACUCGAGGAGCCGAUUUUUAUCUUCUUAUCAAUCCAGUUUUAUUCAAUUAGUUCUCUUCUCACCCUUUACCAUUUCUUUUGACGAAAACGCCUUUUCCGAACUCUACCGCAAAUUCUGACCCUUUGCAAACUUCAAAUCAAACUCAUCUUUGUCUUCACACCCUCAUUACAGAAAGAGGUACCAUUCAACAACCAUGGCAACAUAUAGACGCAUGCCUCAAUUCGGCGUGGACGAUGAUGUUUCUGUUGAAUGCCCGGGAUGCAAGAAAACCUUCCAUUACACAGAAGAUACCUUUGAAAUCCCAUGCGGACAUUGUCUUUGUAAGAGUUGUGCUAUGGACCUUGCUUCAAAGACAGUGCAGCAAUGUCCAAAUAAGAAAUGCAAAAGCCACAAAGUGUCACCCAGGCGACGCCUUAAACUCAAAUUUGAGGAUUACCCUUGCAGACCUGCAUCUGCUUUGGACAGAAACUCGAUUGUCUUGCCACCCCCAGAACAAGAAAGGCCAAAUACUGCUAGUUCAGUGGCAUCUUCAAUCCGAUCUCAUUCUGAUUUCGCCUCGGUCGUUUACUGUGAGAAACACCCAACUUCCACAGUUCGCUACUUCUGCCACAUCUGCGAAGUGGAGCUAUGCGAGGAAUGUUGGAAGAACGAACACGAUGAAGAUGACUAUCGCAAACAUAAUGUAGGAUUCAUCAAGGUCAAUCUAGAGCCUCAAAAAGAGAUCCAAAAACGAAUUGUCGAAAACAAGAAAGACUGUCAAAAAAUGAGCCGCAUUUUGGAGGACUGGAAGGCGAUCGUCCAACAGGCGCAGAUUGCAGAAAAUAAACAAAACGAAGUUUUGAAAACUAGCACAGCCAAUCAGCUUGAGCAGAAAUCAGACAUUGUUCGCAAUCUGGUUCAAAAUCACAUCACGGAUGUUCGUAAAUUUAAAGAAACAAUUUUGACCGAACUUGAAGAACUUGAAAGAAAGCAGAGAAGCAUCUUAGGGGAUUCUUUUGACAGCGAUUAUGAUCGCUUAUCGAUUCAUAGCUCCUCAUCGACGCUUGAUGGAGGAGGGAGCAGCAGAGUUGAAACGCCAGUCUCCGAGGAGCUAUUGGGCGCAGUUGGAGGAGGUGACAAUGGAAAUACGACUCCAGUUCAACCGAAUAAGAAUGUGGCUUCGACUUUGAAAAGAGGAAAAAAGAAAGAGUUGGUGCGAGUUACAAAGAGUGCGAUUGGAGAUGAGAAGAUUGAGUGUAGUAGAGCUGUGUACAAUACUGCCACGAAAGAAGUGAUUUGUCUUGCUAAUACCACUAUAACAGUGUUAAGACUAAACGGGCCAAAUGGGAAGUUUGAAGUGAGUAAGAAGAUGAAGUUGAACUCAGACGCAAAAAACGAUUUAUGUGACAUUACACUAGACAGCAAUAACUCUCUCUAUGGUGUGAUUUGGAAUAAGGGAACCAGAGUGAAGAGAGUGGCAGUGCUGGACAUAAUGAAGAACAAGGAACUGAUCGAGGAGAGAGAACUACUCGACACUGAGGGACUACUCAAUGGAAAAUAUGUAUAUUAUUGGAGAUUGUGUGCUGUAGGCGAGACAGUGGCUGUGGUAGUGGAGGAUUUGAGAGGAGAUGAGCGGGAAUACAACAGUGUGACUUUGUAUCGUAGUCAUAUCCGACAACAAACUGUACAACUCAAUAUCAGUUUAAACGUUCGUUGCUCUGGUCAAAGAGUAUUGGUGAAUGAGAACACACUGUUACUUGUCUCUGAUAAAAGAACAAUAGCAGUGGUCUCUUUGCCUUCACAGCAAACUACAACAGCAACAACAUCUGCACAUACUUCUAAAUUAACUUCAAACACAUCUCAAAAACUGCAGCCCAAAUCCAUCAAGUACAUUCGACUCUCUGGCAUGGAGAAUAUUUAUUCAUUAGUAUGGAUACCAUCUGAAGAAAGUGUGCAGUCAGAUGCUGCGGAAGGGUACUUGUUUGCUUCAGAUCUUUGUGGUGAUUUCUCUCAUGUUUACAAAAUAAAUUUAGAGAAAGAUAUGGCAGAGGUGGCUGAAGGAGAGGAGAGAACAAUUUCCCCUAUGGAAGGAAUAGGUUGCACCUCCAACCUGCAACAAUGGGCUUUCGGUGACCAAAAUUCCAUCAUCCCGCGAGAGACUUCAGUCGCGCAAAGUCGCAACAUAGCUAAUUUGGGUCCCGCAAAGUCGCAACAUAGCUAA